GGGGGUUACGUGGGUGUAUUUAUUUUUGUAAUAAAGACCUAAAAAGGCUUAAGGUUUGUGUGUGGGCACUAGCCUUCGCAUUUAUUAAGGAUCCCCAUUACUCUUCAUGGGGUCUAAACAAGAUUAAGGCAAUUACUUAAAAAUAAGCAGUACACAUUAUUAUGCCUCUACUCUAAGUAUUUAUUCCUGCAUUAGUUUGGUAACAUCCAGUAAUCUUAUCCAGCCGUAUGCAAUAGGCUAAAUCCAUGUUAUUUAUUUAUUCCUGACUGAUGUUAUGGAUCCUCUUCAGUGUGAAAAACUCUAGCUACAGCCUUCCGCCCUACCACCCGUAUAACAGCUACGAGUGCUCCGAAGGCAGGCAGAGUGAGCAGGCUGGCCUGUGUGGUCUCUCCAACCUGGGAAACACCUGCUUCAUGAACUCUGCUCUGCAGUGUUUAAGUAAUGUUCCUCCUCUCACCGAGUAUUUCCUGAAAGACAAGUACAACGAUGAGUUGAACGAGGACAACCCUCUGGGAAUGAAACUGGAGAUCGCCAAGGCCUACGCUGAGAUCACCAAGCAGUCGUGGUCUGGGAAGUACAGCUAUGUCACACCACGGCCUUUCAAGACCCAGGUGGGUUGUUUUGCUCCCCAGUUCUCAGGCUACCAGCAGCAGGACUCUCACGAGCUGCUGGCCUUCCUGUUGGACGGUCUACACGAGGACCUGAACCGUAUCAGGAAGAAACCCUACAUCCUCCUUAAAGAUGCCGAGGGCAGGCCUGACAAGGUGGUGGCCGAGAAGGCAUGGGAGAACCACAUUAAGAGGAACGACUCCAUCAUCGUGGACAUCUUCCACGGCCUCUUCAAGUCCACCCUGGUGUGCCCCGUCUGCACCAAGGUCUCAGUCACCUUUGAUCCCUUCUGCUACCUGACCCUGCCGCUGCCCAUGAAAAAGGAGCGCACACUGGAAGUCUACCUGGUCAGGCUGGACCCCCUGGCCAAACCCACACAGUAUAAACUGACUGUGCCCAAGGUGGGCUACAUAUCAGACCUCUGUACCUCGCUCUCUACUCCAUCUGGUGUUCCUGCUGAGAAAAUGAUUGUAACAGAUAUCUACAACCAUCGGUUCUAUCGGAUAUUUGCCACCAAUGAGAACCUCAGCAGCAUCAUGGAGAAGGAUGACAUCUAUGUCUUUGAAGUGGCAGUGAACCGGCUAGAGGACACAGACCAUGUGGUGAUCCCAGUCCACCUUAGAGAAAAGUACAAGCAGUCAGGGUACAACCACACCUCCACUCCUCUGUUUGGCCAGCCCUUUCUCAUCACCGUUCCCAGAACACUCAGCGAGGACAAGCUCUACAACAUGUUGCUGGUACAUCUCUGUCGGUUUGUGCAUUCUGUCGUUGAGGAGGACGACACUGAGGAGACAACCCCCUCUUCUAAACAAUACACUGUCAAUGGCAAUGCUACUAAUGGGAUCCUGCAGGAGGGCUCGCCCAGGCGAGAUGGAGACUGACGAGCAGGAUGGAGACGACGAAUCCACCCAGGAGCUGCCCUCUGAGAACGACAACAGCCAAUCAUAGGACUCUGUGGGUGGCGGGGACAAUGAGCUGGAGAACGGGGUUGGUCCAGGUGGAGAUAAUUCGGGGACUAAAGGUCACCAGAACCAGAUGUCUACGACGAUGGAGGACAAGAAGAGAUUGUUUACAUUCCAGUUUAACAACAUGGGGAAGACGGACUUCAGCUUAAUCAAGGAGGAACCGCGGCAGAUCCGGUUCAACGAGGGACACCUCAGACUCAGUGACCGGUCCUAUCUCUCUUUGGACUGGGAACCAGAGGUUAAGAAUAAACACUUUCAUGAGGGUAUCACAGAGGACUUUGAGAUGCAUGAGAGCAUGGAGUAUAAGCCUCAGAAGAAAGCCUUCUUCAAGCUGAAAGACUGCAUCGAGCUGUUCACCACCAAAGAGGAGCUCAGGACCCAUGGUACUGUCCAAAAUGCAAGGAGCACCAGCAGGCCACUAAGAAGCUGGACCUGUGGUCUCUGCCACCUGUCCUGGUGGUCCAUCUGAAACGCUUCUCAUACAGCAGAUACAUGAGGGACAAGCUGGAUUCACUAGUUGAUUUCCCACUCAGUGACAUUGAAAUGUCAGAGUUCCUGAUCGACCCUAAUGCUGGUCCCUGUCGCUACGAUCUCAUUGCGGUCUCCAACCACUAUGGAGGCAUGGGACGAGGACACUAUACUGCUUAUGCGAAGAACAAGGAUGAUGACAAGAGGUACAACUUUGACAACUCUCCAGCCAACAAAGAUCAGAUAGUGUCCAAAGCAGCGUACGUGUUGUUCUACCAGCGCCAGGACACAGUGAAUGGAACAGGCUACUUCGAUCUGGACCGAGAGGAGGAGAACAGAGAAGGUGAGGAGGAGAGGAAGAGCGUCACUUCAUCCCAGGGGGCGUCUGCUUCAGUCCAGAGCAACGAAGAUGUAAACGACAAUGUCACCAUGAAAACCAACUGAGCUGGAGAAACAGAGACAGAGCGAGAGACAACAAUAUCCAUCCUAAGCCAUAUCGACAGACACAGAGCAGUGGGCCAGGCCUGAGGCUGUGCACUGACCUCUGACCCCAUCCAGCCCUAUGAAGAGUAGGCUACAGGGGAAAAUAAAAACAGAGGUUUGUCAGUGCUGGAACCUCCAAGCAACAUUACUAAAGAAAUCCGGGCCUAUAGAUGUCUGUGGCCUGACUGACCGGUCUUAUUCGUGUCGCAGUGAGUCUUCUCCACGUCCAUUCUACAUGAAUCAUCCACUCUGGAGGAAAAAUAAGUCAGGCUCUGUUCUGAUUCUGAACAAUGACAUAAUCCUGAAAUCUAAUGGAUCCAUUAGAAGUGUUAGGAAGGCCUGCAUUACGAAGUUCAGUUCGUCAUAGAAUCAAGCACAGAAUGUCACAGUGCAGUGGUGUCGCUGCUUUGGCACUUCGAACCGAUACUCCCACCCACAAUUUUGUUACGUUUUUAUAUUUUUGAGAGCGCAAUGCAUUACCAUACCAUUUUACCAUUCUUUUUAAGCUAGGCCUUGUAAAUAUAUAUUUUUUAAUGAACACCGAAUUAUUAUUUUUAUUAAGUUUUAAUGAUGCGCUGAAGCCUUUUUGGGAAUUCGUCCUGAUACUUUUAUUUUGUUGCACAAUCACCUCUACCCUCAUUUAAAAAAAAUAAUGAGUCUUAUAUUAGUGUCACGUACUGCAAUUGCUUUACAAAUUACUCUGAGCCAGGGUCUUCUCAGUUAAAAUGCUUUGAAUGCCUUUUUAAACACUGGUCAACAGAACACACAUCCACACAUAGUGACUGCUCUGUGUAGAGUAGGAGUGCUGAUCUAUGAUCAUUUUUGCCUUUAGGAUCAUACUGAAUACGGUUAUAUGGACAGGGAGGGACCUGAUCCUAGAUCAGUCCUCCUACUCUGCUUUGUGUAUGUGAGGAGGAAGAGCAAAAUACAUUUCAUAAUGUAAAACAUCCAAACCAGUCAUGUGGUAAACUUGCAUUUUAGACACAACUAAUGUACACAAUAUGAGCCUUAUGAUUUAAGUGUUUUAUUCUGCUGGUCCUUACAGUAAGUAUCCUCCUAGCAUGAAGUCAAGUUCCAGAAACAAGUCAAGUUCCAGAAACAACCCCUAGACACUUUUGUAGAUCUGAAAUGAUCAGAUAGGUAUGCGAAAUGGGGUGAAAAAUUCACCUAUCACAUGACAAAGUGGAGCUACUACCAUAUUGCUCACACCCAAUUCUUUCAGAUCUGCAUAAGUGAUUAGGAGACGUGUUUGCAUAUUAGGUAGGGGCUUUUCUGGGACGGACCCACCACUCUUAGGCUGUAUGUUGCAUUACUAGCUUUACAUGGCGUCUCCUCCGCUACCUGCUCCCUCUAGAGGCUUUUUGAGAUUAUGAAUAUUGGUGAUACAUUAGAUUUCUGUUUCUUGGUUGGAUCACCUCAGCCUUAACUCUUAAUCUCAGAUUGUAGUCUUUAGCACAUUAUUACGUCACGCUGUUUGUGCAUGGCCCCGAAACACACACACUUAAACAGGACACAGAUAUGAGCUGAAACUCAAUCAUACACUCACAGGAACACUUACGUUCACACCCUCAACCCUACCUUUGCUGUUCCCAACAGAAACAUACAUGAAUAGCAAACCGCUGCUACCGGAAUUCAACCUUCUUUUUUUUUUUGUCAAAUGCGAGAGCCCGAAUGAAUGCUGAAUGACUGACUUGAACUGAUCCACUUGUAAGGCCAGGUUGUUUUUUUGCCUCAUCUUUUCUUGCUUUGUUUAAAUGUGAGGGGGGAAAUAGUAGAGGGUUCAUUACCUUUGAUAGAAACACCUGGGUACUGCUGUAUGUGUCCACUCUUCCAAGGGAAAAUAAUGCUUCAUUGUGGUUUGAGCAUGGAGUAGGGUCUUUUGCUGUAGAGGGCGGGAGGGAUGGGUGAAGGGUAGUAUUACUGAUCAGCCUGAGUGGGUGAGAUAUGGUGAUUACAUAUAGGAUAUAUAAUACUGUACAUAAGAGUUCACUCUGUGUGCACAUUUGAUAAUAUUUAUUUAAAUGUAAGCAUUUAUAAAACAAAUAUAUAUAUUUAAAGACAUUGGCAAGACCGACGAAUGUAAUAGGGAUUUGGCUUUAUAGUCCACAAGUUCAGGGUUGUGUCCGAAAUGGCGCCCUAUACAUCGUGCUCUAUAUUUUGAACACACACCCAGAAUUCUUGACUGUGCUCUUCUCUUCUGGGGGAUUGAAUAUUUUUUAAAGAGCUAUUGUUCUGACUUUUUUUGUAAAGGUGAAUACAUUCAGUCAUCCUUGCAUGACAGGGUUUCCAGGUUUGGCUGCGUUUGAGUUCACUUGGGUUUACAUUUGAAAGGUGCAUGUGUAUUUAUACACAAACUUCAAUAAAGUUGUGUAAAGCCUA